GUGUUACGUUCAGCACCAGCAACUACUUCUGAAUCGCCGUUGAUAUAAUCGCGACCCUCCUUCGCUCCAUUCAUACGCACAGCAGCUGAUCCUCACCUUCUUCUGCUAUUAUUCAGUGAUAUAUAUAUAUAUAUAUAUAGUAUCCCAUUGGCUCACUAUCAGAGACACGGCUCUGCUCUUGUUCAGAUUACCUUUCAGUUAAUGUGAGGGAGGUGGAAUUUGCUUGUCUUAAAUUUAUUGUGGUAAAUGGAACAGAACUAAUCUGCAAACCUAAACAAGGCAAAGAAAAUGAAGAAAAAGCAAACUACUGAUGCUAUGGAUUGCAAGGACCGUGAUUGGGACUUCAGAAAGAUUAUGAAAGACAUUGAGUUUUUGGGUGCCUCACAUAUGUCAUGGAAAGAAAGAAAGGAUUUGGAGAAUAGGAAGGUAUUGUCUCUUGGUGGCAAGCCUCCAAAGAAACAAAGGCUGCCUUUAAGCGUAGCACGCGUACAAAUGAAGAAACAGAAGGAAAGAGAGGAGAAAAUGCUUCAAGAGAAAAUAGUUCUGGGACGAUUUGGAAGUAAGGUUGUUGGUGGUGCUAAAAGAUCAAUGGAGAAGCACAAACCUGAAAAGGGGUUGCUGAGGUCAAGCGAGGGAUAUUUCAGAAAUGGCGUACUUGAUGUGAAGCAUAUGUUAAACGCAGCCCCAUCAAAAGAUAAUGAUUCUAAUUAUCACAUGGGUGGUAAAGGGAAGAAGAAGAAGAAUAAGGGAAGCAGAAAGAAAAAUCAAGGAAAGAAGAAAGGCAGUGGUAGGAAGAGCCAUUGAACACAUCUGAUGGUUGUCUACUAGUCUUUGCCAAGAGGACAGACUAGAAUUCAACUUCAACUUCUACUUAUUAAGUUCGAUGAGUGUAAUUUUAUUAUUUUAUAAAAAUAUAUUAUUGGGGAGUAAA